AUGGCACAACGCAUUCUUCUCACUGGCGCCGGUGGCUAUAUUGGAGGCACGAUCCUCAGUCAGAUCCUGUCACUCAAGGACAGUCCGAUCCAAGUUAAGAACUUGACGGUCACUGUUCGCUCCGAAGAACAGGUUCAAAGAUUGUCCAAUUUGAGGGUUCACACCAUUGCAAUGGACCUAAACGACACUGAAGCUGUCAAGCAAGCUGUGCUCAGCAACAAUAUUGAUGUAAUCGUGCACAUCGCGAGUGCUCUUGAACCUACAAUUGCAUCACACCUGAUCAAAGCUCUAGGCGAACGGCGCAAAGUUAGUAACAGGGCAGCCUAUUUCAUUCAUUCCUCAGUCACUGCUGUAUUUUCCGAGGAAAAUGGCUGGCCAUUUGGAGAGGUAAGGGAUACCGAUCCUCUGUACGAUAUGGAAAAACAACUACCCCCCGGCCAUCCAGUUCAUGACGCAAACAUCCUCGUGACGGACUUGGCUAAGUCGGAAGGCGUCACAAGCCUUAUUGUCGUUGUGCCUGUCGUUUACGGUACGGGAACUGGAGAGUUCAGGAGGAUUUCCUCAAAUCUUCCCUCAUCCGUACGGGCUUCGAUUGCCGCUAAGGUCGUGCACAAAUUCGAUAAGAAUGCAAAAAUAUUGAAAGAGGAGGCAAUUCCCACAGGUGAAAAGGGAUAUUAUUUCGCCAUGGCCCAUAGGACGUCUUGGUGGGAGGUACUGCAACAUCUGGCCGAGGCCCUAUAUAAGCGUGGCCUUGUGGACGAAGCGGAGGUGAAGAUCUGGCCAAGCGAUGAGAUUGCCGCACAGGCUCUCGGGUGGCCACGACAGUUCGUGCGUGCCAUGGGAACGUCGAGCGGAGACAUCAUCCCUGUGAAUGCAUUCAAUAUUGGUUGGCAGCCAAAAUGGACAGCGGAGAGCUUCCUUGGGAGCAUGGACGAGGAGAUCAAAGCGGUGCUGGAACAAGGAGACAAGUUCAAAUCGACCUUAUACAACUCUGUUCUGACACCAGCAGACAAAUGA